CAGAGAUUAAAGAUGAUGUUAAUUCAGGUAAAACUCUAACUGGGACGAAAAAAGAAUCAGCGAAUAUAAAUAAACGUAAACUGCAAAUUGAAUCUAAGACGAAAAAUCUUCAAGACCUUUCUUCAUCAUCUCAAGCUGAGUUGCCAAUGAACAUGGAUGAACAAGAAAUUCCUCCUACAAAGGCUGUUGAUAGAUCCUCAAACAAAACGAUCUCGAAUGUGAAUUGCUACAAAUGUGACCAGUGUGGCAAAACAUUUUGUGUAAAAUCAGACUUAGAGAAACACCUACAAUCUCACAUUGCAUUGAAAGAGGCUAACAGCCUAAGCUCAAGGAAGGAGUUCACGUGUAAAAAAUGCAGUAGCCCAUUUGAUACUCGACUGCUUCUACUGGAGCAUGGGAAGAGUCGGCAUGGUGUGAAGUACUUCACUUGUUCUGAAUGCGAGUAUGCAACUAGUAUGAAAGGAAAUUUACAGACACAUUUGAGAAUUCAUAGUGGCGAGCGGCCAUUCAAAUGUGGGCAGUGUAGCGCAGCCUUUGCCAGAAUGGGUGAUUUACGAACGCAUGAAAGAAUACACACUGGAGAUAAACCAUUCAAAUGUGGACAGUGUAGCGCAGCCUUUGCUAGAAUGGGUGUUUUACAAACGCAUGAAAGAAUACACACUGGAGAUAAACCAUACAAAUGUGAGCAAUGUAAUGCCGCCUUUGCCCAAAGCUGUCAUUUAAAAAGUCACACGAGAACACACACUGGAGAUAAACCAUACAAAUGUGAGCAAUGUAAUACCGCCUUUGCCCAAAGCAGUGAUUUACAAAAACACACGAGAGUACACACUGGAGAUAAACCAUACAAAUGUGAGCAAUGUAAUGCCGCCUUUGCCCGAAGCAGUAAUUUAAAAAGUCACACGAAAACACACACAGGUGACAGACCUUUCGAGUGUAACAUCUGUGACUACAAGGCUGCUCAGUCAGCUACUCUAAAGAAUCAUCUAAUGGCGCGGCACUCGGGCCAAAAGCCGUACGGCUGCGACUCGUGCUCGUACAGAGGUGCUACUAAGUAUCUUUUAAAUAGCCACAUGAAAACCCACCGGAAGCUAGUUUCGUUGCUGUAAUUUAGUAUACUCACAAUAAUAUAACUACUAUUGUUUUACACAUAUUUUGUUUACUAAGGUUUUAAUUGUUGUUAUGUCCAUUACAUUUUCAUUGUAAGGUUAUUAGUGCGUAAUAAAAAACAAAGAUAAUUAUCUCAGUACAGUUGGCGACUGUCAAAGGUUUUUAAAGAUGGCGCCAGCAUAGGUUGCCCCUGUUUCUAAUUAAUGUCUACGAAACUUGAUUUAAGCGUACAACUUACGGGAUAUAACAUCCUAAAAAAAUAACAAUAAUUUGAGACUAUUGGUACGGCACACAGAGAACCUUAUAUUA